AUGAAACUCAUGGAACAACAAUAUGUGUCACCUUAUUCGAAAUAUGAAGUGAAUUUACCAUCACAAGUGAAAAAAGAUUUGUCCGAAUUGAUUCGUCAACUCAGCAAUAAUGAGCUCAAUGAAAAAGAGAUGAAAGAAAAGAAGGAAAAAGUGAUUCUCUCUCUUUUUGUUGAGUUGUUGAAGAAUCUUUCUGACACGUAUCAUAGAAUGCAGCAAACAAAGCAAUAUUUGAACUGGUUGGAGGUGUAUAAGGUGCAAAAAGAAGCUCAUGUGGUCGCUCUGGAAUGA